AAGGAGAGCGUGUUCUUCUUCUUUCUGAUCAGUGCGUUUUUCCUGUCUCUGGUCUUCUUGUAUUUCUGGGGAGAAGCAAAGAAUGACUACAAUGAUUUUGACUGGUACACCUAUCGUAGUCUGGGUUACUGGUUCCUGUGGUCUGUACUGAUCCUGGCGGUGGUGGCCGUUUUGUUUACAUAUGUUGCAUUACUAGUGGUUUUAGCAGUAUGUUUGUUGUCAGAAGGUCAGCAGCUCUAUCUACACUGGUGUCACAAGGUUGGGACGCUGGUCGUUCUUGUGUUAUUUAUUGCCGCUCUUGCUGCCCUUUCUAAUUUGUGGGGUGAAGAAUGGUCCGCUGUUCGCCUUUCCUUCCAGGUGACGGCUCCAUACCUGCACAUUGGCUCCCUGGCAUGCAUGACCCUUCUGUCCUGGCCGAUGGCCCUUUAUUUUGUCCGGAUGAAUAAAAUAAGUUCCCAGCUGAUUAUAGCAGGUCCAUAUCUCGCUGUGUUAUUGUUUCUGUAUUUUAUCCCUCUUGGAAUGUACUCACCCUGCAUCAGACAGGAGGGGACACUUGGGGCCAAACCUCUGCUGAUUGGGCACAGGGGGUCACCAAUGCUGGCACCAGAAAAUACCAAGAUGUCGUUUGAAAAAACGAUUGAGAAUGAAGGAGACGGCCUGGAGACGGACGUCACAAUCAGCUAUGAUGGGGUCCCGUUCCUCAUGCAUGAUGGCACUUUGAAGAGAACAACAAACGUCCAAGAGCUUUAUCCCAACUUGACUAACGCCAACGCCGCCAUGUUGCCCUGGGACCUGCUGGAGACUCUCAAUGCCGGGAAAUGGUUCACAAAGGUACUGAAUCCACCGUUUUCCUCCAUGGGUUCUCUGUCUGCAGAAGAUCAGCAGAUUGCCAGGAACCAGUCCAUUCCUAAGCUGAGUGACUACCUGAAGCUUGCAGAACGUGCUAAUAAGACGGUGCUCUUUGACCUGUACCGCCCUCCGAAAGAUCACCCCUACAGAGAUUCCUGGAUUAAUCGGACCCUGGAUGUUAUUCUCAAUGAAACCACCAUUGAUCCCAAGCUGGUCUUGUGGCUGGUGAGUGACAUGCGGUCCUUUGUGCAGACGGUUGCUCCAGGGUUUCAGCAGACGCAAGGUUUUAAAUCCUCCGUGGAAGAACUGGUCAGCAAUCACAUAGUUAAGCUCAACCUGCCUUACAGCCAAAUGUCCCAGCAUGAUAUCAGAAUGUAUGCUGCUGCCAAUAUAACCACCAACUUUUAUGUGGUCAGCGAGCCGUGGCUGUACUCCCUGGCCUGGUGUGCCGGUGCCCAUUCAGUUACAACGAACACCGUGGGCAUGCUCAAGAGGAUGGAUAAGCCCAUCGUCUUUCAGACUCCGGCUCAGUACAAUCUAAUGUGGAUUCUCACAGAUAUCAUUUCGGCCUUCCUGAUUGCUCUGAUUUUUGUUCUGCACUGGUGA